AUGGUUGAGAAAGGUCACAAAACGUACGGACCUAUCUUCCGUCUAGGUCCUCGCCAAAUAUGGGUUUCGGAGAAGGCAGCCAUGAAAGCUAUUCUGCAAACCAUGGACCUUCCUAAAGUGAACAUGUAUGCAGAAAUCUCGCGUGAUCCCCUGAGUCCCGGGCUGUUUGGAGAGGUUCGACCGGGCCCUCACAAGAACUUGGAGCGAUUUUUAUCACCCGCGUUCUCAAUGAGCUACGUGGAUAAUCUUGACCAAUUCUUCUCGCUGUGUGUAGGCUCGUUAAUUGACAAAUACCGCAAUCAAGCGUGCCCCGAAAGUUAUCUUCAGGCACCAACAACAACGGAAAUAGACCUAAUGAAUGGCCUACAUAAUGUGGCUCUUGAUAUGUGA